AUGUUUACAGUACUCUUAGCUACUGUGUUCCCAAUCUUGGGAUUUACCGCUGCCAAAGACUUCCCUCCUGGUGUACAGCUAUCAAUCAGAACAGUAUGGCUCGGCUCCCUGUCCGUCAAUUCCAUUGAUGACUUUUGUCUUUUUGCACCUCCUACCCUUCAACCAAUUGCUAAUUCUGAGACCAUCGAAGUGGCUUGGUGCACAAAGCCACGGAAUAACGCGCGCCUAAUUCCCGAUGGAACUAUUACAGGAGUCUCCUUCCUCAAGACAGACUUCUAUGUCCAAGUCAUCGGCUAUGGCGAUUUAACCAAGUUGAAUAUUCCAGCAAACGACUUUGGAGGAGAACUUGAUCCGCAUGGUGCUUAUGGUACUGGGAACCCAAUCGGUGGAAAUGUUACAUCCAACGUAACAGGCGAUGAUGAGAACUUUGCUGAAUGGAUGGUAAGUAUAAAUUUAUAUCGAGGUAACGGCCAAUUUUGCCUUCGCGUAUGCACAAACGCAAACUCGACUUACGAUGCAGCCCAUAUGUGCUGGCACGAGCUAGACGAAGUUGGUUGUGGAUUCGUUAUGCCAGGAAACUAUAACAUCAAUGGCACAUUGUACGUUACCCCCUUCAGCUCAACCCAUGAAUUGUCUUUUCUAAUUUCUCACCCAGUGAAUCCUGUGAUGCCGAUGUAG